UCCUCCAUCCCCAGUCAGCCCCUGCAUCCGCGCUCCGGAGCCUGCAGCCUCCUCCUCGGCUUCUUGGGCCAGCACAGGUUUGGGGUGGGGGGUCGCCCCCGCCCCCCACCGCGGGGUCAUGGGGUCGCCCCCCGGCUACCGCCCGUCCGGCUGGGUCCACCUCCUCCACCAGGUGCCCCACACCAACUUCCAGUUCCAGCUGGUGAGCAGCGGAUUUGCCCCGCAGGAGAGCGACUACCAGCAGGCCCUGCUGCUGGUGGCCGCAUUGGCAGGUCUGGGUUUGGCCCUCAGCCUCCUCCUCAUCUCCCUGUACCUCAUCCGCUUCUGCUGCUGCCACCCCGAGGAGUCACCUGAGGACAAGGGGCCCCGGGGGGGCUGCAUCACCUGGAGUUGUGUCACCGCCCUGCUUGUUGGCUGCGCUGGCAUCGGCAUCGGUUUCUAUGGCAACAGCGAGACCAGCGAUGGGGUGUCCCAGCUCAGCUACUCCCUGCUCCACGCCAACCACACGCUCAGUUCCAUCGACCGACUUGUGGAGGACACGGUGGAGCGGCUGGGGGCAGCCGUGCGGAACGAGCUGACCACCCUGGAGGAGGUGUUGGCCCCGCGGACGGAGCUGGUGGCCGGGGCCCGGGGGACUCGGCGCCAGGUGGAGGGUGUGGCCCAGCAGCUGGACGAGGUGGCCUUCUGGCGGGGGGUCCCCCUGAGCCCCCUGAGGGUGGCCGAGUACGUGUCCUUUAUGGAGGAAUAUCGGUGGCUGGCCUACAUCCUGCUGCUGCUGCUGGACCUCCUCGUCUGCCUCUUCACCCUCCUGGGCCUGGCCAAACAGAGCAAAUGGCUGGUGAUUGUGAUGACGGUGAUGAGUUUGCUGGUCCUUGUGCUGAGCUGGGGCUCCAUGGGCCUGGAGGCAGCAGCCGCCGUGGGCCUUAGUGACUUCUGCUUCAGUCCUGACCCCUUCGUUCUGAAUUUGACCCAAGCAGAGACCGGCCUGAGCACGGAAAUCCUGCACUACUAUUUCUUCUGCAACCAGGUUGUCCCCAAUCCUUUCCAACAGAAGCUGACCCUGUCCCAGCGAGCCCUGGCCAACAUCCACUCCCAGUUGCAGGGGCUGGAGCGGGAGGCCGUGCCUCAGUUUCCCGCUUCCUUGAAGCCUCUGUGGACACUGCAGGAGACCCUCAACGUGACCGAGGGAAACUUCCACCAGUUGGUGGCGCUGCUGCACUGCCGCGGUCUACACAAGGACUACGGGGUGGCAUUACGGGGCCUGUGUGAGGACGCCCUGGAAGGCCUGCUCUUCCUCCUGCUCUUCUCCCUGCUCUGCGCCCUGGCCCUGGGGACAGCCAUCUGCAGCCUUCCCCGAGCCUGGGCCCGCUUCCCCUCCAGUGACGACUACGAAGACCCUGAAGAUGAUGAUCCCUUCAACCCUCAGGUUAAGCCUCCCUCUCUCCCCCUGCGUCUGCCCACACAUCCCUGCAGGAAUCGAAGCGUUUUGUCCAGUGGCAGUCAUCCAUUUGAGACCCUCCCCCAUGGAAACCUGAUGUCUUCCCUCCCUUGUCUCCUGUUCUAUCCAAGUCUGCAGGCUGCCUAAGAAGACCUGCUCACCUGGCCUUUCCCGGAUCUGGCGAUUAAUAUUCCCAGGCAGAGCAAGGGGCCGAAGCACUCCGGGUAUCUCCUCCUGUCCAGUUUACACCUUCAGUUUCAAGGUCCUUCCUCCCGUGAGGGAUCGGGGGGAGGAGGAUAGGGAGAGAAUCAGAGGAGCGUGCGUAUGUGGGCGUCAGUUGGGAGACCCAUACCCCCCAGCAGCCCCAGGGGCUGGCCCUGACUGGGGUAAGGAGGGCCAGCGCGUGUAUGGAGACCCCCACCUUCCACAGUUUGAGGUGUAUGGCGCUAACUUGGAUAUGUGUCGACUUGAAAUAAAAGGGAAGACUUUAUUUUACACGGA